UCUGUCGUUGAUUGACUGAAUCACUGAAUGACUUCAGUUAAGUUAUACAUAAAUAAAAAUAUUUAAAUAAAAUACUGCAUUGUAUCGGUAUGUAAUAAUGUAUCUUAAUAACCAUUAUAUUAAUCUUUGUUUUGGAUUGUAACCUGUAGUUUUAUUUUACAUUACAUUAAUCUAUAAAUACAAAAUCAAAACAUUAAAUAUAUACUUAGAAAUGGGAAGGUAAAGUUAUAAAAUCUAAGCCUGAUACUGAUCAUAUAAAAGUUAAGUCAUGGAUCCCGACGAAAUAAAACAGGUAUCUGAAUCUGAAAUAAUAACAAAAGAGGAACAGGAGAAUGAUGGAAACAUAGCAAAUAUUAACCUGAAGAUCCCUACUUUGAAACUAGAGAAACUCAAUGUACAUGACUUACCAAAGAGAUUACAAGACCAAAUUAAUAAGUACAACAACAGUGGACCAAUCAUAGGAGAUACACAACCAGUAGUGAUGUUAAAACGCAUAAAAAUAUUUAAAUGCAAGAAAUGCUCUUGUUGUUUUUUAAGACAGAAAGAAUAUGCGUUUCAUAAAUUGAAACAUGUCAAACCCAUUAUGACUGAAUAUACCCCGAACGCUAACAACGGCCUCAAGACGCACUUCGAAUGUAAAGAGUGUGGUUGGAGAUUUGUAAAGGAAACCACAUUGAAAACACACCUGAUCGUCCACGAGCCCUUCCCCCAUAUAUGUGAAUGUGGUAUUGGAUACUAUCUCGAAAAAGAUUUACAGGCGCACAAGGAAAUAAUGCACCCAAAAAGAAAGAAGCCCAUAUGGAAAGGAACAAUAAAUUACACAGGUCCCAAGCAAACCGGAAUCGGUUCGGAAUUCUGUAUCAAACCUAAAGAAAAUCGUAAUGAAGUAAAAAGGAAACUCGCUAGAAGUAAUAGAAAAUUAAAAACCAAGGGCGUACGCGUACAAACCAAUAAAGAAGAUCGCAAAUGUUUGGUAUGUGAGAAAACAUUUGAUUCAAAAUUCCGUAGAGAUGAUCAUUACAACAGCGUUCAUAUGGGGCUACGACUGUACCCAUGUGAAAUUUGCAAUAAGAACUUUGCACAGAUGGCUUCACUGUACACUCAUCUCAAGACACACACGGGAAUCAAAAAUUUUGUGUGUUCCUACUGCGACAGGAGAUUUUUAGCUAAAGCUAAUCUUAAGACUCAUCUGAGGAUUCAUACAGGGGAAAAGCCUUUUGUGUGUGACUACUGUAAAAUGAAAUUCAGCGAUCCAUCAGCGUUGGCGCGUCAUGUUCGACUUCAUACUGGUGUCAAACCAUACGCUUGUGAAAAAUGUAACAUGAGGUUCAGCGACGCUAGCGCCAUGCGUGGACACAGACUACGACAAAGUUGUACUGUGCGUCGUAAGAAAACGAGACGAAUAUACCGUAGGAAGUACGAGGUGAUUGGUAAUAAAAAAGAAGAUAAUGAGACAGUGUGAGAAAAUGAGACUGAGUCAUAAUAUUUUAUUGAAUUUAUAUUAAUUUUUACAGCAAUACUUUUAUAAUUAUGUACGAGUUUUUAUUGAACUUUAUUUUUCGUCUACCACAAAUCAAUUGUAUGGUUUCAUCCGGAGUUCUUCACGGUCCAUUAGCCGC